GCUGCACGUGACUCCCAGCCACGGUCUCACUGAACAAUGAAUGAUUUGUGAUUGGACGCAGCAGGCGUAACAGAAAGCAGGCGCGACCGUGCUGUGACCUCAUCGGGAAAGCGCGGUUUGCGCUCUCGGCCCGUGCACGCUUUCAUCCUUGAUCAAGAAAAGCGCCUCAAAUUUGCGAGUCUUUCUUCUUCUCCUACUAUCGCCUUCAAGCUCAUCUACAGCUCCAGCUUCCAUUACCUAACCUCCAUCUCUAUCACCAACUCCCAACACCACCAACUUCAUUCACAAUGGGUUACGAGAAGGGCGAUGCUAAGAAGGGUGCCAACCUUUUCAAGACCCGUUGCGCGCAAUGCCACACCCUGAAGGAGGGUGAGGGCAACAAGAUCGGUCCCAUGCUCCACGGUCUUUUCGGCCGCAAGACUGGCCAGGUCGACGGCUACUCCUACACCGACGCCAACAAGCAGAAGGGCAUCACCUGGGAUGAGAACACCCUCUUCGAGUACCUCGAGAACCCCAAGAAGUACAUUCCCGGUACCAAGAUGGCCUUCGGUGGUCUCAAGAAGCCCAAGGACCGCAACGACCUCAUCGCCUUCCUCCAGGAGGAGACCAAAUAAGCGCUCUAUAUCCUCCCCGGACGCUUCCCUCAUCUACCGACCCGUCAUGACCCUUCUAUAGUCCCUUUCAACCAAACCUUCUUCCGAUUGUACCAACACCCACGCUAGACGUACGAUUGCGGCGGUGAAGUGCGCCUCUGGCGCGCCACCGCCCUGUGUAGAUUAUGUUUGGAAUAUCAUCUGGCGCCUUUCGAUUUCUGGUGCUGCAUAUUCGGGUUGGAAUUAGCGGCACGCUCGAAAUAAAGAUCUUCUCUUCAAUCACAUCUCCAUGCUCUGCUGUGACCAUUCGCCUUGGACUCGAACCUUACAUUAGCCUUUUGUCUUGAACCCAUCGCAUCCUGGAACCGUGCCACAGAUCUUGGCUACGUGUCAUGGAUGAACUUUGUCGAUAACACGGCAAUCCCAAGGCUCUACGCUCAAGAGCCUCCUUUCUUGCCGGAUUUCCACCAAUGAAAUGCGAGGUAAAAUUUCUGACGC